CCAUUAUUUUUGAAGAAUGAUUUCAUUGUAACAGCAUUAAAAAAAAAAGAUCAGUACAUUCUUCAAAAUUAGAAGAAAGUCAGUCAUGUGGGUUUGAAAUGACAUGUAAAUCAUGACUUUUAGAUGAACUAAUACUCUAACUUUGCUGCAGUUUUCCAAGACAUACGUGUACAUUGUAAUGAGUUUAACUCACCUUAAGUGCCAUGAGGCAAAAAAAGAGAAAACCAAAACCUCUGCCUGAGCGGGGUAUGUCAUCUAAAACAGGCUGAGUUAAUGUCAUGGUGCAGCUUAGAGGUGCAGCAAGAUGUAGAAGUCAAUUACAUGCAUGAGUUCCUCAUGGGGAGCGACAUAUUCAGGCUGCUCAUUAUCAUGUCAGCGUGCAGCUCCAGACGCUCAUGGAUGCUUUUCUACCUCGCUCUGCUGGUAACACUGGUGUCCCAGAGCGAAGGAGGUUGUCAGGAUACGGGACUGUGUUGCUUUGGACAAAACCAGUCAUGUAUUACUGAAGACUGGAGGAAAGAUCGCUCCUAUGGGGAAUGUUACUGCGACCAGGCAUGCAAGACGACAUUGGACUGUUGUCACGACUAUGACCUUGCUUGUCCAGCCAUAUCCUGUGUGGUGAGCGAAUGGAGUAUGUGGUCUGGCUGUCUGGAGCCGUGUAAACCCACACUUCGCACCAGGUGGAGGCAGGUGAUUCAGGAAGCACGUAAUGGAGGCGAACCCUGUCCCUCUCUACAUCAGACCGCAGGCUGCGCAGAGUACCACGAUCAGCAUGGUCCCUGCCUGCAAUCACUGGUCCCAGCUCUCAUCACCACGGGUGGCUAUGGAAAUGCACGGAAAAAGAGGGAGAUUUUUGACAACAAUAUCACAGGUUACUGUGUGGAGUUUGAACUCACGUCCCUGACGGCGGGUUGUCAGCGCAGCUUCAGUCCACAUACUGGUUGGAUGCGAUACCUGAAGGAGGGGCAUCAGGUGUGUGUGGAGUGCCAGCCACCAGCACUGACCCAGGGUCAACGCUACUGCUCUGGGGAUGGGGAGAAUAUGGGACAGGACAAGAGGUUGUCUCUGCAGUGGCAGGCCGUGGGGAAUUCUCAGUGCAGAGGGGUGUGGAGGCGAGUCCGUCGACGAGACUCCUGUUCCUGUCCCACUGUACACAGUUUUCUCUUCAUCUAACUCGCACUUUAACCAGGUCAUGAAAUUUUACACUUAAUGAAGUGACGGUAGAAUGUGCAGAGACCAUUUGGGUAACUCAAAACCAGCUUCAGGCUUUUAAGAGAAAUUAUACAGCUGAUUACAGUACGUUAUCAAGAGCAGAUUCAAUAUUAGUCACAGAUAAUUCACAUUUAAAGACUCUUUACUAAUGCUUACAGCCAUUAUAUUAUGAUUAAGUAGUCAUAA